AUGAAAUCUAGUAAAAUAUUCCCCUUCAAGGGUGAGCGAAAAAAAGGAGGGGAUGGCGUGGAACUCAACAGGGAAAUUGCUAAUGUGGAAGCCCCUAUUGCACAAAUCACUAGUACUCAUGCUGGAUCUAUGCUGGGGCAUAGGACGGAACAAAAGUACCCUCCUCUUGAAUCAAUUAUUUCGAAUCAGUCGUCAGCUCCUUAUACAUUGUCAAACCUACAGGAAUAUCUAAGGACAAUCCACUGUCAAGAACCGCUUGACCUGAUAUUAAUGGGGUAUCAGUUCAGCACACUCUUUACCAGCGAUGAAACGAGUAUCUCUAUUGCAGAAAAGGCAGAUAAGAUUAAUGAAGUCCGCCAGUUAUGGAACAAGAUAGUGUCGACCUUUCUAUUGGAUAGUUCGCCCCAGGAAGUGAACCUUCCUGGAGAACUUCGAGAACAUUUUUAUCUGAUACCAGUGUCACAAUCAGUAACAACUGAAAACUAUAAGCAUCUUCAACAAGCCAUAGAAUAUGCAAAAGAUAUUAUUAAAGAGAACAACUUCAUGCUAUUUAUUCGAAAUACACAGACCAUGGGUGCACUUAAAGCUAAUACAAGAGCCAAGAUACAGCUAAACACCAGUUUUAUGGACCAAGACCAUAGUAUAGGCCAUGGCAGAGGCUACUCAAUUGGCUCUUCGCCAACCUUGAACAACCCACCCCAUCCUCUUGGUUGUCCGCAAUCCAACGAAAGAUCGUUAAGAGCAGCGUCUCUUGCGGUGCCAUCCAAACGAAAUCAUCGAUGUAUCAGUCCCACUUUUCCACAAAUAGUUGAUGAUGGAAAUCUUAUCACGACAACAACAACCAGCACAUUUCCCUCUACUUUAAAUGCUAACGUGGAAGAAGAUAUCUCUCGUUGGACACUACAAGAACCGGUGAGAAUGUUCAAUAGGAGCCCAAGUCCUGGAACAGGAAAAAGUCCCGGCGCAAGUCCUGGUCGUACUAUCAGUCCAAGCCCUACUCCUAGUCCCCGGCUGAGCCCGGUGCCUGCGUCCAAGUCAAAAAAGGACCUCAAAAACGGACCAGGUGUAGAUUCGGUCACAGCAGUAAAUGCUUCAACAUUCCCUCAUCUUUUGAAGAGGAUGUCCGGAAAACUGAAGAUUCGCCAACAGUCGUCGGCACACACACCACCAUAG